AUGGCCAAGAUUAAUGCCAUUGGUGGGUAUGACAUUCAUAGGAUUACAUCAGGUCAAGUGGUGAUAGAUUUGACGACGGCUUUGAAGGAAUUAAUAGACAACAGUAUUGACGCUAAUGCUCAUCACAUUGAAGUUGUACUCAAGAACUACGGUAUAGAAUCUAUUGAAUGUUCAGAUGAUGGUGAUGGUAUUGAAAAGGAAAACCACGAAUUCCUAGCGUUAAAGCACCAUACUUCCAAAAUCUCUACUUUCCAGGAUAUGGCAGCAGUUUCAACUCUGGGAUUUAGAGGGGAAGCCUUGGCAUCUUUAUGUGCAGUUGCAAAAGUUGUGGUCACUACCACCACAAGACCCCCAAGAGCUGAUAAAUUGGAAUAUAGUUAUGAUGGUAAAUUGAUAAACAAAUCCACAACUUCACGUAAUAGAGGUACUACAAUUCAACUCUCGGAACUGUUUAACAAUCUACCAGUAAGAAAGAAAGAAUUCUCCAAAAAUUGUAAGAAACAAUUUGCUAAAUGUUUGACUAUGCUACAGAGUUAUUCUGUGAUUCAAGACGAUAUUAAAUUUUCUGUUUGGCAUGUUACCUCCAAUGGCAGAAAGACGCUGGCUUUGUCGACCACAAGAAAUCAAGGUAUUUCUAAGAGGAUUUUAAGCAUAUUUGGAUCAUCAAGUAUAAGAGGACUUUCGGAAGUUGAUUUAACAUUAGAUUUGAAUCCUUUCAAGGGACAAAUGCUGAGGAAAUACGCGGAAGACCCAGAUUUUGAAUCGCUAGAUUAUCAAAUUCGUGUACAGGGGUUAAUUUCAAGAAAUUCUUUUGGAUGUGGCAGAACCGCCAAAGAUCGUCAAUUGGUUUAUAUUAAUAGGAGACCUGUGGACUAUCCAGUAAUUAUUCAAUGCUGUAACGAAGUUUACAAGUCAUUUAACAACGUUCAAUAUCCAGCAUUUUUCCUCAAUUUUGAAUUGAGUCCUCAAUUAAUUGACAUUAACGUAACACCAGAUAAAAGGACCGUUCUACUGCACAAUGAAAAAUAUGUGAUAGAUGUUUUAAGAGAGACUCUCACAAAAUACUUUGAUGACCAAGAUCUUUUGCUGCCGAAAGCUUCAUUUUCUCAACCGGAAGUUAUAAAUCCAAAGAAAAGAACCGCUGAGCAGACAGAAGAUGAUGAAGGACAAAGAGAGGAGGAAGUGGCGGAAGAACUACCGGAGAGAGCUUCAAAACUCGCUAGGAGAGAACCCUUAAAGGCGUUUAAUGGACUUUCACCUGAGGGAUCUACGUCAAUUUCUCCAGAUAGAUCCAGCCGUUUAACGGCGGAUAGCGAAACCACCCCAGCGGUUGCUGAAAAAAAUACAAAUAAAACUAACAGCUAUAAAGAACGUACAACCAGAAGUGAUGAAUACAAAUCUUCUAAUGUUUCAAGAAAGUCGAGUGCUCCUAUAACUCCAGCAAAAAAUGCCACCAAUAUUCUACUAGAUCAGUUUGCCAAAUUUCACCCUGAAGAAGAAGAAGAAGAAGAGAAAGAAGAGGAGGCAGAGGAGGAAGAAAAGGAAGAAGAGGAAGAGGGAGGAACGAAUGCAGAACAACGAUCCCCACUCAAUAAUAAAGGACUCGAAAAGUUUAUAAACCCUUCACAAGAGUUAGAUUUGCAUUCACAAGAGGAAGCCAAGGAGUCUCCACCCAGGAGUCAGACUGACCCAGUUGUAGUAGAAAUUGAUGAUACUGCAGUGGAACAUCAAGCUACACUGACACAGGAUGAUAGAUUAGUAUUUUUAUCGGAUGAACCCCCACGCAAGGAAUCAUGCUGUCAUGGUAACCGACAGAGCUCAGAUGAAGAUGAUUCGGCAUACGCUAGUAUGGAACCUGUCGAGAUUAACGUCAGGGUUCCCUUACCAAAUCGCGAUACGUCUGCUGGCCAUACAUAUCGAUCAUUAACCGAUGAAAAUAGUUCUAAAGAGACCAAGGAAAUAGAAUGUCUAGUGCUGUCGUUACCUGUUGAUUCGACAGAGUUUCAUCAAAUUAAUUCUGUUCGUAAUAUUGUACAGCGGCAACACGAAACAGCCCUUUGUAAGAACGAAAAUUUGGAUAAUGUGCAAGAAGGUGAAAAUUAUUUGACACUAACCAUAAAAAAAUCUGAUUUUGACCACAUGCAGAUUGUUGGUCAAUUUAAUUUAGGUUUUAUCAUUUGUACAAGACGUAUUGGUUCCAAUUAUGACCUUUUCAUCGUUGAUCAACAUGCAAGUGAUGAGAAAUUCAAUUUUGAAAAUUUACAAAAGACCACAAUUUUCAAAUCUCAAAAAUUGAUCGCUCCAUUAGAUGUCGAUUUAAGUGCAAUUGAUGAAUUGGCGGUAAUGGAUAAUUUAAAAGUAUUUGAAAAUAACGGAUUUAAACUUUGCAUCCAAGAUGAUGAAAUAGAAGGUACUAAGGUUCAAUUAACGAGUUUACCCGUUUCUAAGAACACGAUAUUCGGAAUCGAUGAUUUCUACGAACUGGUUCAUUUGCUAAAGGAAAAUCAAGGCAUUAAUCGUGAUAGUAUAAAGUGUUCCAAAAUUCGGUCCAUGUUAGCAAUGAGAGCCUGCAGAAGUAGUAUCAUGAUUGGUAAACCACUGACCCAAAAGACCAUGUGUAAAGUGGUUCGCCAUCUAAGUGGACUUGAUAAGCCAUGGAAUUGUCCACACGGUAGACCCACAAUGAGGCAUCUUAUGGAAUUAAAAGAUUGGAAUUUUUUCCACAAAGAUUAUGAUUUAUAA